CGGCAGCCGAGCGCUGUCGCAGCUCAGCGACGACGUCCCCUUCAGGGUGAACUGGCCUGGCACCGAAUUCAGCCUGCCCACUGCCGGCGUGCUCUACAAAGAGGACAACUACGUCAUCAUGACAACGGUGGAUAAGGAGAAGUACAAGUGCCUGCUCCCAUUGAUAGCCAGUGGGGAUGAGGAAGAAGAGAAGGAUUACAAAGGUCCUAGUCCAAGAGAACUGUUGGAGCCUCUCUUUAAACAAAGUAGCUGUUCGUAUAGAAUUGAAUCUUACUGGACAUACGAAGUUUGUCAUGGUAAACACAUUCGUCAAUAUCAUGAGGAGAAAGAAACUGGCCAGAAAAUAAACAUCCAAGAAUACUUCCUUGGAAACAUGAUGAUAAAGAAUCCCUUAGCAGACCCAGAUCAAGAAGAAAAUGAAAAUACAAAAGAAAGUACAAAAGAGAUUCCUUCAAAAAACAUAGAGGGUCAAAUGACUCCAUACUAUCCAGUAGAAAUGGGAAAUGGUACACCUUGUAGUUUGAGACAAAACCUGCCCAGAUCAAGUACAGUGAUGUAUGUCUGUCAUCCAGAAGCUAAACAUGAGAUCCUUUCAGUAGCAGAAGUUACUACCUGUGAAUAUGAAGUGGUCAUAUUGACUCCUCUGUUAUGCAGUCAUCCUAAAUAUAGGUUCAGGGCUUCCCCUGUGAAUGACAUAUUUUGCCAGUCACUGCCAGGAUCCCCACUUAAACCCCAUAAUCUGGAACAGCUGGAGAAACAGCAAGAAAUGAUGAAGAUGCCUUUUAGAAGGGUUAAGGAGGAAGAAAUUCAUUCAACAAAGGAAGAAAAAUUCUCCUCUAUCCAUAAACCAGUCACUGUUGGAACCCAUCAGUUGUUAACUGUUGGAACAACCCACAUCUCCAAAUUAACUGAUGACCAGCUCAUAAAGGAAUUUCUUAGUGGUUCAUACUGCUUCCAUGGGGGUGUUGGUUGGUGGAAGUAUGAAUUCUGCUAUGGCAAAUAUGUGCAUCAGUAUCAUGAGGAUAAAGAAAGUGGCAAAACAUCUGUGGUUGUUGGCACCUGGAAUAAGGAAGAACAUAUUGAAUGGUCCAGGAAGAAUCCAGCUAGAACCCAUCAUAUCAAAGAAGAUGGUAGUCAGACAGUUAGAAUGGUCUCUCAUUUCUAUGGAAAUGGAGAUGUUUGUGACUUAACUGACAAGCCAAGGCAGGUGACUGUGAAAUUGAAGUGUAAAGAAUCAGAUUCCCCCCAUGCUGUAACUGUGUAUAUGCUGGAACCUCAAUCCUGUCAGUAUAUCCUUGGGGUCGAGUCACCAGUGAUCUGUAAAAUUUUGGAUACAGCAGAUGAAUAUGGACUCCUGUCAGUGCCCAGCUAAAGGGAUAGUGUUGUUUAAGAAGAACCAAGUUCACAGAAAGCCAUAACUACUGGAACCACGGUAUUUCCCAUAUUCAAGUUGUUUCUGUAGGAUGCUAAAAAGAGAGGUCCCCAGCCAGUCAACUUCACCAGCACAAAACAAGAAGAGGAACUCAUGAACCACUUUGUGUAUAUCUGUGUAUAUAAGAGGUUAUUGAUAAACUUUUAAAGAUUAAA